UUUUUUUUUCCUUUUUCAAAUUUUUUCUUUUUUUGUUUGAUACUCAUCUCUAUCAAUCAUUAUUUCAUCUUUAAAUACAAUGUCUGCAGUUAAACAAAGAGUUACUAUCAUCGGUUCUGGUAAUUGGGGCUCCUCCAUUGCUCGCGUUUGUGCUCAAAAUGUCAAGAAAUUCCCCGACAUCUUUGAACCUGAAGUGCGUAUGUGGGUCUAUGAAGAAAAAAUCGACGGUCGUAAUUUGACCGAGAUUAUCAAUGAAAAGCAUGAAAAUGUGAAAUAUCUUCCUGGCAUCAGUCUUGGAGACAAUGUGCGUGCCAUUCCUGAUGUGUGUCAAGCUGCCAAGAAUGCCAAUAUCCUUGUUUUUGUCUUGCCUCAUCAAUUUGUGUACAAGGUGUGCGAAUCUCUUCGUGACGUGAUUGACAAGGAUUGCAGAGCUAUUUCUUUGAUCAAGGGUUUGGAUUAUAAAAACAACAACUUGCUCAUUUUCUCUGAAGAAAUCGAAAAGAUCUUGGGUGUCAACUGUGCUGCCUUGUCCGGUGCCAACAUUGCUAGUGAAGUCGCUGAAGAAAAGUUUGGUGAAACCACCAUUGCUUGUAAAGAUCCCAAGGACGGCGAAAUCUUUGUUAAGCUCUUCCAUACAGAUUACUUUGAUGUCAACGUCAUUGGUGACUGGAGAGGUCUCCAAGUCUGUGGUGCUCUCAAGAACGUGGUGGCCCUCGGUGCUGGUAUCUCUGAUGGUCUCAACUAUGGUAACAACACAAAAGCCGCCAUCAUCCGUCGCGGUUUGCUUGAAAUGAGAAAGUUUGGCAAGACUUUCUUUGGUGGAGUACACACUGAAACAUUUUUCGAAUCGUGUGGUGUCGCUGAUCUUAUCACGACUUGUUCUGGUGGUCGUAACAGAAAGGUGGCUGCUGCUUUCAUCUCUUCUGGCAAGACCAUUGAUGAAAUUGAAAAGGAAAUGUUGAACGGUCAAAAACUUCAAGGUACAACCACUUCACAAGAAGUCUAUCACUUUUUAUCCGCCAGAAACAUGACACAAGAAUUCCCUCUCCUCACUGCUAUUUAUCGUGUCAUCUAUGAGAAGGCUCCUCCCGAAAGCAUUGCUCUUGAUCUCCGUACUCGUUUAAACGAGUAAAGAAAUUCUUAUCAAAAACAUGGAUCUACUUGACGCGUUGUAAAAAAACUUUUUUAAUUAUUCUAAAUGUUUAUAUCUCUUUUUUUUUUUUUUUUUUUCU